GCCAGACGCCGGCUGUCCGGGGGUCGGCAAUGGAAGGAGCGCUCCCUCUACAGGCCGCCUUUAUACUCCUCCUGGGGGCACAGCUCGGGUGGGCUGGAGUCAAGUAUGAGCCCACGUGGGAGUCUGUGGAUUCCAGACCCAUCCCGGACUGGUUCGAUGACGUUAAGUUCGGGAUCUUCAUCCAUUGGGGGGUGUUUUCUGUGCCCAGCUUCGGAAGCGAGUGGUUCUGGUGGUAUUGGCAGGGAUCAAAGUCGCAGCCUUAUGUUAAUUUUAUGACUAAAAAUUAUCCACCUGGCUUUCGUUAUGAAGAUUUCGGGCCCCAGUUCACAGCAGAGUUUUAUGAGCCACAGCAGUGGGCAAAUACAUUAAAGGCAUCAGGUGCCAAGUAUGUUGUUCUUACUUCAAAACACCAUGAAGGAUACACUUUGUGGGGAUCUAAAUUUUCAUGGAACUGGAAUUCUGUGGAUGUGGGAUCAAAGCGGGACCUUGUUGGAGAGCUGGCUGAGGCCAUCAGGAAUACCACAGACUUGCAUUUUGGACUCUAUCACUCUCUAUUUGAGUGGUUCAACCCUCUCUUCCUUUCUGAUAAAUCCAAUUCUUUUAAAACAAGCACUUUUCCAAAUGCAAAGUCCUUGCCUGAACUGUAUGAAAUUGUGAUGAAAUACAAGCCAGAAAUUCUGUGGUCAGAUGGAGAUGGUGAUGCCCCAGACACAUACUGGAACAGUACUGUUUUUUUGGCUUGGCUCUAUAAUGAAAGCCCAGUUCGGGACAUCAUUGUAACUAAUGACCGAUGGGGAUAUGACUGCAUUUGUAAACAUGGUGGUUUUUACACAUGUAGUGAUCGUUACAAUCCUGGGCAUCUGCUACCUCACAAAUGGGAGAACUGCAUGACCAUUGACAAACGUUCCUGGGGAUACAGGAGGAAUGCUUUAAUCUCUGAAAUGCUGACCAUUGAAGAGCUGGUACAGGAGUUAGUUGAAACUGUAUCUUGUGGUGGGAAUAUGCUGAUGAACAUUGGUCCUACGCAUGAUGGUCGAAUCCCUGUAGUAUUCGAGGAGCGCUUGAUGCAGAUGGGUAAAUGGCUUGAAGUAAAUGGAGAAGCUAUUUACAGCACAAAGCCUUGGAAAGCACAAAAUGAUUCAGUGACUCCAGGAGUCUGGUGA